AGUUUUGCGUCGUGCUCAACGCGUAGACGAUGCGUUACAGCAGCCGCCGCGCACAUCCGUUUGAAAAAGUUGGUCCGAGCCUUGCCGAGUGAUCUCGCGGUCGAACAUGAGCAGCAACGAUCAGUCACCGUGGGGAAAUCUCGCGUUCUCGGACGAGAUUCGCUACAGAAUCUUUGCACGAUUGAGCGCCAAAGAACUGGCGCAGGUUGCGGGCGUUUGCCGGUGCUGGCGCACGGAAGCCAGGAAGAUGCUUUCGAAAAGAAAUAAAUUCGAGAGUUUGAUCUUGCCACUGUGGAUAACGCCUUACAAUAACGGAGUCUCUCUCCUGGAGGGGGGCGAAUUUUGGGACAUUUACUUCCAACGGCUAGCCGGUGAUCCAAUCAGUCCAGUCAGUCCACUUGCGAUAACUGGAAACUGGGAGGUUGGCCAAAUACUCAGAUGCGUACCAAAGGUGUUUUACGUGUUUUACGAUGACACUGCCGACGUAACAUAUCCAUUUUGCACCGAAUAUGUCGAGUCUCUGCCUAGGUCUACUCUGUAUACGGAAGCGGGAUUUCUGCGUAUGACUUUGGAUGGAACGGAACUUUUCGGAGUUACGAAUAUAGGCGCCGGACUUGCGCUCCCGUCGACGCCCCUUUUGCAGUGUCACAUGCUGGAUAUUAGUAGUUACUUCGAAGCCGAGUACAUCGAUCAUUAUGAUAUCAAACAGGAGACCUACUCGAUCAACUUGGCGAUGAGAGAAUUAUCGUCGCUCGCGUUGAGCCCCGAUUCCAACUGCUUCAUCGUGUUGUUGAAUCGGUCGAAGAUCGAAGAAUGGCAAGAGGGUCCGGAUUGGAAAUUCGAAACCUACAUAAAUGCGUUCAUAAGCCAUUUAACGAAAAGUUUGGAUGCUGUAUCGUACUCGCUGUUGGGCACUGGAUGCUCAUGGAUCGCGAGUUCUUCGCGUUCUCAACCAUGGAGCACCUCGGAAUUCACUAAUUUCACGCUAAUCUACGGCUCGGCCUUCAAAUCUUGGUCGAUCGUCAUAGCUCUGAAUUUAUCACCGGCGCAGAUGAUAGCCAAGCUGAAGGACUUGAAGAGGAAUAUCGAUGUGAAUUCGUCGGCUGUCGCAUUAUGCUCGUACCCUGUGGACAAGACUUGCUCUUGUUGGUCGAGCACCGACCAGGGCCUUUGUGGAGUUUCGCACUUGGAUCCAACGGAAAUAUUCAAGCGAGUGUUCCCCAAGAUCACUUUGACGUGCUUCUACGAUGAUCAGGAUUACUCGCAAUUUGGUUGCAACACCUUGGAUCACGAUGAGAAUCCGGUAUUCGUGCACAAGAAAUCAUUGAUUUAUUUGAUAUUAGCUAUGGAUUAAUCGGAUACGUCUCGACUAAAAGCAACACCAAACACGGUUUCUUCAUACUCAAGAUUUUCUAACGUGAUUAACGUUCGUCAAUGAUCUUUCAUGUUAAUGGUUAGCCAAUUUGUAAAGUAUAUUAAAUCUAUUAUUUGAAAUAUUUUAUUGGCGUGAAAACGCUUGUAAUAGAAGUAAUAAAAUUACAUCGGAAAAAAACAGCGAACAACGUAUACAAGUAAACGUACAGAGGCAAUGAAACAAACUUCAAAUUUCUGCGCGUUUGCAAACCUUGGAGGCAGCAAAAAUACGUAUAGCAACGUACACUGGUACGACUGGUACUCGAGUACGAUUGCUAAAUAGUGCUAACUUUUACAGUAGCCCGUAAGAAUGAACUGAAGCGGGGUUUCAUUGUGGUCGUCCACAAAGGAAAGCUAUUCGCUAUUAAGGACUGCGAUAAAGAUAUCACGGCUCGCAAAGAUGAGUGGAUGGUUACGAAUGGAUUACGAGUUGCAUUUGGAUAAUAAUCUCGAGGCAGAAAAUUUCAUCCAACCGCACUACUAAUGUUGAUUAUCAUUUAACUUAUGCGAUUUUUUGCAUGGUCGUUUGACCAUUUAGUAAGAAAAACUGAUAAUUAUUUUAUUCGAUUGUUCAGCCGUGUGUAAACUCGUAAAAAGUGUCGAAGAGAAUUAUUAAAGCUAAUCGAUCGAUCGCCAUUUAACACAAUUAUAAUUAGCCAGGCAACCGUGUAGAUAUUCAUUAUUCAGUCCAUAUGAUAAUGGAAACGUUUCAUACAGAACCAACCAAAUAUUCUAUCAUUCCAUUAUAAAUUUAUAAUAUACAAUACAUUAUAAAAUUUAUCGUAAAAAGCUUCAUUCUUGAGCUAUAAAAUAAGAUACAAAACGUUAUCAUAUAUAAAUAAUGUGCCCGUAGUUAAAAGUUAUAAUUAUUUCGUUUGGAAUUAUAAAGUAAGGUGCGUCUACCUUUCUUCAUCCGAAAAGGGUGGUGGAAAAAAUCGAUGCCCUGUAAAAGAUUAUAGCCAUCAAAAUCUAAUUGCACAGUUUUUAGCACAAGAACGAGUUAGU